AUGAUACCAUAUGUCCUCAUAACACCAACGACUAGACAAACACCACAUGGAUCUACAACUAUAAACACAACAACCGUAACAGUUACAGAACAAACGAAACCGGCAACACAGGCUCCAGAUACAGAAACUACUGUUGGAACUACAACUGAGGCCCCAGUUACAGAACCUCCAGUAACAGCGGCACCCUCACAGGCACCAGUUACAGAAACAACGAGGACAGGGCAAACGGAGGCUCCAACAACGGCAGCACCAGCGCCUGAUACAGAAGCCACCACAAAAGAUCUUCAGGCAAAAUUUACAGAGUUCACAAAGUUAUCAGUCAGAACUAAAUUAUUAAAAUAUUCGCAGAUUUUGAUUGUAGAAGCUGUAUUUUUCAGUCAACAACAUUCUUUUCUUAGGCCCCAGGAAGCUAACGCAGGCUUGCAUGUGCGCAAUGUCGCAUGGCACAACAGUAUUCUACAACACGAGGCUAUGCCUACUAAAUAUGACAUUCUUAUAACAGUAGUAAACACAACACCCACGGAGCCAACGGCAGCGCCAACAACAGCCGCACCUGCGCCUGAUACACAAACUACCGCAGAAGCAGAAGUAACCACAAAACAAACGGAAUCGCCUGCAACGGCAGCACCCCCAACGCAGGCGCCAGACACACAAACUACCACCAAAGCCGAAGGUAAAGAUUUAUGUGACUUCAAGAUAUGUGGUGUGUUACAUUCAACAGUCUUAACUCUAUCAGCUUAUUCUCACAGCUCUCCCUGUUACAGAGCAAACGGAAGCGCCAACAACAGCACCAGAUACAGUAACUACCACAAAAGCUCAAGUGAUUUAAAUGCCUGGAUUGAAGUCACUCAACAGUUCGAUUACACAAUUCCCCUAGAAAUAUCUAGCAAACGGAACCACCAACAACUGCAGCACCCGUACCUGCGCCAGAAACUACCACACAAGCCCAAGUUCUCACAUUUUACAACAGUAGUACCUGUUACAGUGCAAACGGAUGCCCCAGUAACAGCAACACCUGCACCAGAAACUACCACAAAAGCUCCAGCACCAGUAACAGAGGCACCGGCCCCUGUGACGGACGCACCGGCCCCUGUGACACCGGCUCCUGUGACGGACGCCCCGGCACCUGUCCUGUGA